GCGGUGAAGUUCAGAGUCGUUAUGGCGUCGCACCGAACGAGAAUGGUAUUUUUCAGUUGCCGCAUGUAUUGGAAUUUACCAGUCAUGUUCCACGUUCUUUUGGGGGUUUUCUAGUUAAAUAUACACAUGCAAAUGAAGGAAGAAGAUAAUAUACCGGGCACCGUCAUGGAGCCAAAAAAAGGUGGUGUCGAAGAUAGCAGGGGUUGUAUGGACACACUGGUCUACGAAGCGGGAUCUAACCAAGCAGCAGGUCGUGGCGACCGCAAUGGUACAGGAAACCGUGUCGGAACAGGGAUACGCGUUCUAAAGCGGAACAUGAAGAGGAAUGGGAGCAGAGGCUGUGUUACCAGGAAGACCCGCUUUGGAUCGCGGGAGCGGGACUGGCUGAAGGGGGAUCCCCAGCGGGGCUGUGUGUGUCUGUACGGGGGAACAGUUGACCCCCAGCCCCCAGCCUCGGGCCCACAGGCCUCCUCCACCCUCCAGGCAGACCUGCGGCUGGUGCUAUGCUCCACCACUACCACGGUGGAGGAGCUGUGUGCCCAGAGAGAAGUAGAGGGACUAUACCUGCAGCUCCAUGGAGACCUGCUCAGGAGGCUGGACCCCUCUGAGCGCCCUCUCCAGAUGGUGUAUGACUACCUGGCUGCUAUAGGCUACCAGGACCCUCUGCGGGUUCAGAGAGAGGCGGCCAACUCGGACCUCAGCUGCAUGAUCCGCUUCUACAGUGAGUGUCCAAUGAACGCGGACCAGCAGGAGCGAACCCUGCUGACGGGCGUGUUCAGCGUCAGGAAGGGGAAGACCCAGCUGCACAAGUGGGCAGAGCGCCAGGUCCUCCUGUGUGGCACCUGUCUGAUUGUGGCCUCCGUCAAAGACAGCCUGACGGGGAAGAUGCACAUCCUGCCCCUGGUGGGGGGAAAGGUGGAGGAGGUGAAGAGGAGACAGCACUGUCUGAUGUUCAGCUCAGCCGGACCUCAGGCCCAGACAUACUUUGUUAACUUCGACACACUGGCAGACUAUCAGAGGUGGCAUCGGCAGGCUUCAAAGGUGGUUUCUCAGACCAUCAGCCUGGUGGAUCUGUCAUGCUACAGUCUGGAGGAGGUGCCAGAGUACCUGUUCUACAGCCAGGACCUCACCCAUCUCAACCUCCGACACAACUUCAUGUCCCUGCAGGGCCCUGGAGGACUGCUCAACCUCCCCAGGUUUUCCCAGCUGAAGAGCCUGAACCUUUCACAUAACCGCCUGGGAGUGUUUCCAGAGUCUGUCUGUGAGAUCCUCACCCUGACAGAGCUCAACCUCUCCUGUAACGGCAUGAAUACUGUCCCUGCACAGAUAGGCAACCUCCAGAGUCUGCAGACCCUGUCUCUGGAUGGGAAUCAGUUGAACUUCCUUCCCGAAGAGCUUGGCGGCCUAGCUCAGCUCAGCAGCCUGGGGCUUUCCUUCAACAACUUCCCCCACAUCCCUGGUGUGCUGGAUAGGCUGAGUGGCAUGGACAGGCUAGCCAUGGCUGGGAACAGGGUGGAGACCCUGGAGCUGGGGAUCCUUGCCAGAAUGAGCCACCUCAAGAACAUCGACCUGCGGCUGAACGGUCUGCGCUGGGUGAAGAGUGAGGCCCUGGAGGCAGUGAAGCAGGUGACCCAGCUAGACCUGAGGGACAACCACUUGGCCACCCUGGACCUGAGCUCCAUCUGCAGCCUGGAAAUCCUGCACUGUCAGAGAAACCAGCUGAGGGCGCUAACGCUGAGUGGCUUCACCCUGCGCACGCUCCACGCCAGCAGCAACCGCCUGACCACAGUCAACAUCUACCCAGUACCCAACCAGCUGACACAGAUGGACUUAUCACGGAACCUGCUGGAGUACCUUCCAGACUGGGUGUGUGACAGUAGGAAGGUGGAGGUGCUGGACGUUACACACAACUUCCUGUCUGAACUACCAGCCAGACUACUCAGCAGCCUGAGUCUGAGGAAGCUGCUGGCUGGGAACAAUGGGCUCCAGAGACUGCCUGACCUACUUGACCACGUCCCACUGGAAGUACUCGACCUCCAGCACAACAAGCUAGGCGAGCUCCCGGAGAGCCUCUUCUACAAGGCCUUAAACCUAAAGUACCUGAACGUGUCAGCCAAUGCCCUGGAGAUAAUUCCCCCCAGCAGCCAAUCAGAGGAGAGCCUCAGCACUCUCCAGGAACUGUACCUGACGGGGAACAAACUGAAUGAGAACUGUGCUGCCCUGCUGGUGGGACACCAGAACCUCAGAGUCCUGCACAUGGCCUACAACCAGCUGCUCUCUUUCCCUGCCAGUAAACUGAGUAAACUGGAGCUGCUAGAGGAGCUGAAUCUGAGUGGCAACAAGCUGAAGACCAUCCCCUCCACUGUUUCCAGCUGUAAGAGGCUACACACCCUCAUAGCACACUCCAACCACAUCAGUGUGUUCCCCGAGAUCCUCAACCUGCCAGAGAUCAAGCUGGUGGACUUGAGCUGUAAUGAGCUGACUGAGAUCCUACUGCCAGACUCUCUAACGGCCACCCUGCACGAACUGGACCUGACUGGCAACAGCAGCCUCUUGCUGGAGCACAAAACACUCAACCUGUUCAGUCAUAUCACCACCCUGAAGCUGGACCAGAAGCCAGCCAUGACGGCCGGGGACUCCUUGGGCUCCUCCACCCUGUGGAACCAUGGCUACUCUGAGAUGAGCGGACAGAGGAACAAGUUGUGUGUGUCUGUGCUGGCAGUGGACCGCUUUGGGGAUAGUGUUGAGGCGGCCUAUGGCGUCUUCGACGGAGACCGCAAUGAGGAAGUUCCUCGUCUGCUGCAGUGUACCAUGGGAGAUGUGCUGUCGGAGGAGCUGCUGCAUUCCAGUGUAGACAGUGUGUACAUGAGUAACACCUUCCUCACCUCACACAGGAAACUGGGCAUGGCUGGUCAGAAGCUGGGUGCAUCUGCCCUGCUCUGCUACAUCCACCACGAGCCGUCGGAGCUGGGCAGCUACUUCAGCCUGACGGUGGCCAACGUGGGCAGCUGCCAGGCGGUGCUGUGUCGAGAUGGCCAGCCCCUGCCCCUCUCCAAGGUCUUCAGCCUGGAGCAGAGCACUGAAGAGAUGGACAGGGUCAAACUCAGCAAAGCGAUCAUCACUGAGGAUAACAAGGUGAGUGGAGUGACAUGCUGCUCUCGCCUGUUGGGAUGCUCUUAUCUGUCUCCCUGGGUGCUGCCCAAGCCAUGGGUGUGCACCGAGCCCCUGUGUUCCCAAGAUGACUUCCUGAUCCUGGGGAACCGGGCGCUGUUUGAGAAGGUGUCCUACCAGGAGGCCGUGUGCACCGUGCAGGCCGUGAGGGACCCCCGCGCAGCUGCCAAGAAGCUCUGCACGCUGGCCCAGAGCUACGGCUGCCGGGACAAUGUGGGGGCGGUGGUGGUGUCCCUGAACAUCGGGGAGGACAGCUGUACCUGUGAGCCCCCUCACGCCAGUACUGGUACUGAACCCCGGGGACCCCCUCCAACACCCCUCCCCGUCACUGCUCCCCCUGGGGACCCGGCCACACCCUCCUCCAGCAGUGGCAUUGCCUCAGAGUUCAACAGCGAGACUUCGGCCUCUGAGGUGGGGAGUGAGGCGGGCUCCACGGCCUCUGACGAGCACCCCUCUGGCCCCACGGUCCGACCUGAGAGGCGCUGUAGCCUCCACCCUGCAGCCACGCUCUGUGCCCCUGCGGGACCUGGCUCAGCUGGGGUAGGGGGGCCCCACCAAGUCCUGUUCCAGCGCCAGCCCUCCUGUACCCCCUUCUCCAGUAACCAGUCUGACAACGGGCUGGACAGUGAUGACGAGGCUCCACUAGAGGGGGUCAUCUCCAACGGGAGCAAGCUGGAGGUGGAGGUGGACAUCCACUGCUGUGCUUUCCAGAUCCGUUCUGGGCCAGCCGCGAGCCCAAAGGACCACAACCUGGACAAGACACGCUCAGACUACCCCAACGGAAAGAUGCGUCGUCAGAACAGUGUGGUGGUGUCAGCCACUAACGGCUGCCUGCUGGCCGUGUGUGGCAGGGAGAUCUCAGACCUGAAGAAGUCCCCCUCCACCUCCAGCCUCUUUGGGAAGAAGCUCUCCAACGGCUCCGUGGUGGCCCCGGAAGAUAGCCACAACCUCAUCGAGGUAGCCGUGGAGGCCCCUAAGAAGAAGUCGGGUUACUUCACUGCCCCUGCCCAGCAGGACCCCGAGGACCAGCUGGUAGUGCCUCCCAGUCUAGAGCAGGAUGUUAGGGAACAGCUGAGGGGCCAGAGCCCUAUGGUCCCUGGACCUCCACCUCCUUUCACACCACCCUCCAUCAGAGACCCUGUGUGGGACCACCCCCACCCCCCUGCUCCCAUGCUGCCCCAGCGGGACCUCGCCCCCAACCCUAUCCCUGCCCUACAGCAGGAAGUCUAUGAUACUGCCCUCUAGAGGGGGCCAGAUCACAGUGCAACCCUGUGGUAGUCCUGUGACAGUGCCAUACCAGGGGGGCAGAGGAGGUCUCUCUGGCACAGGUGGGAUAUUCCAGUUCAAGUUUCCAUUCAGCUCUGUCAUGAAGACAUGUGGGGCCUUGACUGUUCACACAUGAAUGCGUUACGUCACGUUAGACGUAGAGAGGUGCUUAGCUAACUGUCUGAUGAACCUGGUGGAACUGUCUGAGUAUCAGAGCUGAACAGGCACUGAAAUCACCACCCAUGAAGAGGUUGUGAAAAGAAGGCGGCCACCGGAGGCCAAAAUACCCCAGCCUGAACUAGAAUACCUCAUGCGUUUUAGACUGCAGAACUUGUUUGCAACAUUUCCCUUUACUUGGAAGGAAGGUCAAGUAAUGAAACAGUAGAAGAAUCCCUUUGAGUGUUAUCAUUCCAUUGCUGGGGGCUGCAGGGGCUCCUAGAUCCCAGGGACAAGUCCUGCGACCAAAAGGUGAAAAAGUGCCUACUGUAGAUGACUCAGCCCCAGAUGUCCCUGCCUCCCUGCCUGUGUGUGUGUGUGUGUGUGUGUAUGGAGGGGAGGGGGGUUGGGGUGGGGACAUCAGUAUUAACCCUGGAGGAGGACAUCACUGUGUGACAGCGUCCUCCAGGGGCCACCAAUGGUACAGCCACUUCUCUCUAUAUAUAUAUAUUUAUAUAUCUCUCUCUAUCUCGCUCUCUUGCGCUUGCUCUCGCUAUCUGACUGCACAAUGGCAGCCGACAUGGCUGUCAGGACUGGAAACUGGGCUGACUGGCCUUACUCUGGUACGAGGAUUCAGACUGUAUGCUAGAGGCAAGUAGGAACAUAACAGCAGAUGAUAAAAAAACUAACAGAAUUUUCAUUUACUAAAAAAACUAAGAUGUGACCCUUUCUAUCUACACCAUAAUCCUCUAUAUGGGAAAUACAGUUAGUAUCUAUAUACACAUUUAGUCUGAGCAGUGUAGUGCAGAACCACAUAGUGGUGUAAUCACAAGGCCAGCUUGGCCUAGUCCCAGCAUCAGGAUGCGUAUCCAUUUGGAAACCAUUGAAGCCUUGCUGGGAGGAAUAAUACAGAAAAUAAUGUUCAAAAAUAGCAUCAAGCUCUCAUAAAAAGGCUAACUCAAAAUAACAUGACAGUGCAUUGCUCACCUGUACAGAACCAAUAUGGGAUACUGCUUCAAAACCCUUAUUGUAACACUGUAUCGGUGACAGUGCAUGGUCCACAAAUUUGAACAGAAAAGGUUAUAUUAAUUAUGUUUUAUGGGCAACAUGAGUGGUAAACGACAAAGGCAAAACAAUCGUUUACAGUGUUCAUAUCUCAGACGCUACAAUGCACACUAGAUACUGUACAGUAAUCAUUACAUAUGAUGGGUGAAAAAACAUGUUCUUCGCAUAUAGAGUGCCAUCAUUAAGGUGUCCAGAUACUGUGAGGUGUGUAGCCCCUUUUUUCUUUAGUUUUUCUAGUUUCAUGUUUGUUGUACCCAGGAAAUUGUGCAAAAUCUCUGCAGCGACCAACAUAUCGAAAGUGUUUUUUAAGGUUUGGGAAUCAUUCUGUUCCCUUCAUUCCAUUAGCUUCACAGUCAACUGAACAAAAUAUCCAUGAGUAGUGUACUAAAAUGAGGAUGUAACAUGGUAUAUUAUUUUACAUGUAUAUUUAAAGUAUGUAUGUUGUGAAAUGUAUGUGUACUAUUUGAUACGAAGAUAGUUUGCAUAAUUCCUUUGGAGCCUAUAGAUAUAUCUGGUUGAUGCUCUUCAAUUUAAGUCAGUGACCAGAGAGAGAGAGUAAAAAGAAUGAUUUUCUCAUUGAAAUAAUUAGAUAUUUCAUUCUCAUAGAUCUAGUGACAGAUUCAAUAAGGGUUUGUGGGACAUCUGGUGGUGAUAACUAUGAUUUGCCUCAGAUGUUAGUUAUAGAUCAGUGAAUAUCACCAGUGUACUGUACUACCACUACCACCUACUGUAUAACAGAUUCAGAACAAGCACAGUGUGUUUUGGUUGGCAGGACAGAAAAGCUCAUUGUUGUGUUGGUGACAAUAAGUGCUGGUUUGAGUAAGAGGGGGUGGUGUGAAGCUCACAUGAGUGGCAACACCAAAUCAAUUCAACAGGUGUAUGCUAGAGGCAAGUAGAUGGGGUAUUGUGAAGGAACAACGGUUCAAGGGGCAUGUAGGACACCUGACCUAAUGCUGAGGAGGACGUUAUCUUACUCUUCUUUCAAAUUGUGGAGACAAGCCUUUGUCUGCUCCAUAUGUUCCAUAGCUGUCAGAGGACCUUUGGUUAAUACCAUCCAACCAAUGAGAAACAUUAUCUGAUAAACCCAUUUUAUGUGGAAUUUUAGCAAAAAUCUACAAUAUACAAUACUCUAAUCUACAAAUCAACUCACCGGAGCUAAUGAUUGCAUCCAUCUCAAAUUUGUGUCCUGGGAUAAUGCAGAUGUGGGUUCAAGUAUUGACUAUUUUGACACACAAAAUCAAAACACAGGUAUUCUUAUGUAUUGGGUCAAUGAGACAUUAACUUAGACAUUACAUAUCCACCUCACUGGAUAAUGAAGUGAUGACAUCACAAUGAGCAAAGCACUUUUGUGUCAUGAGAAGAGUGAAAAAAAGUAUUGCGUGUAAGCCAUUCAUUUUGCAUCAGAAUUUGAGUUCAGACUUUAUUUGUGGCAUUUGCUAAUGGUUUUAGUGUUGCUGAGCUAUGGAGUGGUCCACAGUAUGGCCCUGGCUUUUAUCUGUCACAGACAUGGUGAAAUAUGUCAGUCAGAGACAUUGCUUUUUUUUUUUAACCUUUAUUUUACUAGGCAAGUCAGUUAAGAACAAAUUCUUAUUUUCAAUGACGGCCUAGGAACAGUGGGUUAACUCCCUGUUCAGGGGCAGAACGACAGAUUUGUAUCUUGUCAGCUCGGGGAUUUGAACUUGCAACCUUCCGGUUACUAGUCCAACGCUCUAACCACUAGGCUACCCUGCCGCCCAGCUUUGAAUAAAGGCAUCUGCAUAAUAUGGGUCAGUAGACUGUGAAUAUGACAUUUCUAUAAAGUUGCACUUGUGCUCCGGUGAUGUUAGAGGAUAAGAUACUGCUAAUUGACUCGUCAUUGAUUUUACAAAGCUGCAGACCAAAAUCUAUCCCCCUUCCCCCUUGUGCCAAACUGCCUAACCCAUUCUAGAGAGGACAACAGUCUGACUUAGUAAGAGGGGGCUUGUGGUCUGACUAAAGAAUGACCAGGAUGUGUUCCUAGAUGCCACUGUGAAAAGGCUAGUGGCAUGGUUCUAGUGUUGUACUUACCAUAGCUGCUUAGCUAGCUACAACCCUCUCUAUGCUUGUUCAUAGCCUUAUUGCAGUGCUGCCAGUCCUAAUGAUGAUGGGGACUGUCUUUCUGUUGGUUUUAUUUCCUUUAGUGGAGCUGGUUUUGCCCUUUGACCUUACGUGGCAAGGUCAGGAGCAUAGAACACCUAAAAAUCCAAUAUUUUGCAUUCUUUUCUCCGAAUUGUAGAGGGAGCAAGGCAAAAUUUCAGUCCAGUAGAACAAGGCUUGGGACCAGAGGGGUGGAUUCUAAAGGUUUAGUAGAAUUGGCAGUAUUUUAGAUGCUCAAAAACCUCACAGCGGCUUCGAAAUGGCUAUUUACAUUCUUAACGUUAUCAACUGGAAUGAUUGGUGAAUUUGCCUUUCUAAAGCCUGCGUGCUUAUAAUAUGAGAUGUAUUACGUAAGUCUAAUUCACUUAUUUUGUCCCAACUUCAAACAAAAUCUGUUCUUCAAAGGAUCAAACACUGUGUAAAGCACUUCGUACAUAGGGAGAUGAAUAUAUUCAAAGAUUGAUAUUUGAGUAUUAUGUGAGAUAUUUAUCAAAAAUGCACAUUAACUCAUAGGGCUUGAGUUGUCAUUGUUGUGGCUUCUGUCAGCCAAAUGUAUCAUGUCUUCUCUAAGAGAAAGUAUCCAAUAGAAGUGCUAAUAAUUGUGAAGUGUGAGAGAAUUACAAAACUGCUUUUUCUGGUGGAUGCAAGUUUGUCUUUUAGCACAAAGAUAGGCAUUGUUCUUCCUUGUUCAAGUCUUAAGGCUUUUUUUGUAUUGAGUCAUUCUGCUUCCACGAGAGGAACAGCAGCUGGUGUUGAGGGGUAAAAGGUUGGCUCAUUCUAGGGAUGAUAAGUGGCAGAAAGCAGGCCAUUUGAAUAUUGCUUUGUUUGCUAAUGGAAGCCACCUGCUGUGCCUCAGGUGGCAAAACAGGUACAUGUCAGCACCACAGGUGUGGGUUUGCCCUCCACCCUGAAAACAAAAAUAGCAUUUCAGGACAGACUAAAGAAACAGAUUUGAGCUUGCACACAUUUGACAUUUUCAUAUGGGAUUUAAGUUGAGAACAUAAGAACAGUAUGAAGAGGUGAUUGUCUUUGAUGUGGUUGGUGGAACAAGAGAAUUCAAAGUUCUCAUAAUCCUUUUAAUGAACAGGAAGUUGGACUUCAAAUACACUACACAAUGUAGAUGAUUAUGAACAUGAAUUCGAUCACAUCAAAUAUGCAAAGUGUCACCUGUACAUAUUACUAACAGGUUACACACCUGACCUAAAAAUAGGAGGAUCCUUUUUUCUUAACUAUGAAAAUGAGUAGUAAACUGAACAUUCUUGUCUGUGUGUAUGCAUGUGUGUGUGAAUCACGAAGUGCAGUGUUCUGCCAUCGUGUGCGUUUUGACCUUUUGUCAACUCUCUUUCUGCGCAGUGAUCCAUGUAGAAAAGUUGAUCAAGAGGCUCCAUAAUUGGGCCCUAGUUUGCCAAGUGAGGGCCAGCAAAACACUACUAAGCUCUGUGCGUCCCAAAUGCACCCAUGCUACGUGCUCUAGCAGCCAAAAAUGCAUUCCGUAUGUCAGAACAUGCAUCUGCAGAUCCUUAGCCAAGUAUUAUUUGCCAUUUUAUUUAGUCAACUCUCCCUUGUUUUUGUAAAGAACCAAAAAAUGGACUCCUGCUAACAAGAGCUAGAAACAAUAUUGAUUGAGAAGGUCAUUAACCUAGAUCGAGAAAUAAAUGUGCCUGUACAUAUGCAAACCGUACGUAUUGCUACAGGAAGAUGGGGCACAGAGUAACAGAUCAAGGUGACAUCACAAGGAUGGCAAAGUAUUCCCUUUAAUUAUUUAGUAGAGGAGAUCAACUACUGUUCAUGAUCUGAGUGCACCAUAAUCCUCUGUAAAUACAGCGGAGUGUGUGUGUGACGGUAUGCAUAUUUAAGUAGGUUAUGGUGUCAAUGCUUUUCUGAUUCAGUUAAUCCAAUCUCUGUAAACACAUUAUAGGUUUUAUUUCUCUUCACAGAGGGAGAACAUGCUGCCUGCCUGUUUGUCAUUGUGGUCUGAGUGAGAAAGUAUGCACACGUGCAUGCAUGUGUUGCCAUUAUAUUUAACAGAAUGAAUCUCCAUUCUGUUGAAUGAUUAUGGUGAACUCUGGAAAGAAUCUGAUAUUGAGGACGUUCCAAUUGUUUAACAUGUGACCAAAGUAAACAUUGUUUGAGCUCACCUUUCUUUCUGUACUUUCUUUUCUAGAGAUGCUUGAAUAUUUUCUCUCAAUGCCAAGAAGCUGAGGUUUAUUUUUGUACAUUGUUUCAUGCAAAUGUAUAGGUCCUUCUCCACUACAGAAUCUAGAAUAAAGGGAUUCUAUAGUAUACUGUCACAGAUUAUUGUAUUUUUAUUUAAGAUAAUAAUUCAUGUAUUUAAUGUCUGAAGCAUGCCAUAUAUAAAUGCAUAUAAAAUAUAUACAGUCCUAUGUGUUUACUUUGUACAUAAUGUUAACAUUAUGUUUGUAAGCCAAGGCAUUGUUUUGAAUAUCUGGAGCAUAUCUAAUAUUUUUGUUUAUAUUUUAGCAUGCAGAAAACUGCUACAUAGUUUCAGGAUACCUUGUGUUUUAUAAUUUAGGAAAAGAACUAACCAUGAGCACAUUUGCUGUUUGUCUGCCAAAAUUGUACUCCUUAAAAUUGAGUGGGCGAUGGUUUAUUAUUUCAUUUGAGAUGCUGCUAUGACUAGUUUUGAGCAGAAAAGCUGUAUUUUUAAUUAACUUUCAGCCAAGUAGCAAUAAAAAUUUAUACUGUGAAAAACCUGG